AUGACGGCAGACUCCACGCCAAAUGUUGAGCUGCAUACUCCCAACGAUGUUCUCGAAAAUCCUAUCAGCCCAUCCUAUGCGGUGGGCACUGAAAUAAUUGCUGUUCCUGAACCAAUACCGGAAUCGAGAUCUAUGAAGGAGGGUUUCACGGCGAAGCCAGACCGAGACAAUUCUUCGGCAGACAUACCAACCAUGAGACCCCGCCGAGGCAGGUGCAAGAGAAAGAGGGGCCGUGGAAGGAGGAAUCGAUCGCAGCAACUCAGAGAAGACAAAGAACGGCUCAUUGCUCAGCAUACGCUCGACGAGAUCAAGAUUCAGCACCUCAAGCGGGAAAUUAAGGCCCGCUGGCUCCAGCAUGCAGAGUUCUUGGCCCGCAGACUGCAUUCGCGCGCACGGAGUAUUUGA